UUAAACACACUCAUCUCUGCAGACCAUUGGAGCUGAUUUCAAAACCAUCAGCUGACUCUGACUCGUUUCUUUCUUUUCUGUGAGUACACAGAACUUUCUGAAGGCUCUCUCUCGUCUUCAUUUUGAGUCCCCCUCCUGCAGACGGCGAUGGAUCUGUCCGACCUGUUCCCGCUCUCCUCGGCCGAUGACCUCUACGAUGACCCGUGCUUCAGCGCCGCAGACAUGAACCUCUUUGAUGACCUGGACGUCCGGCUGAUGCACGCCGGCCUGCUGAAGUCAGAGGACCACCUUCAUCUCCAUCACCACACCCAUCACGUUCCCAACGUGGAAGAGGAGGACGAACACGUGCGGGCCCCUGGGGGCCUCCACCAGGCGGGCCACUGCCUUCUCUGGGCCUGCAAAGCCUGCAAGAGGAAGACUACGCACGCAGACCGGAGGAAAGCGGCGACGAUGAGGGAAAGGCGACGGCUCAGUAAGGUGAACGACGCCUUCGAGACCCUGAAGCGCUGCACGGCGUCCAACCCGAACCAGCGGCUGCCCAAAGUGGAGAUCCUGAGAAACGCCAUCAGCUACAUCGAGUCCCUGCAGGAGCUGCUGAGGACGGGCCGAGACGACAGCUUCUACCCGCCCAUGGAGCACUACGGCGAAGACUCGGACGCCUCCAGCCCCCACUCCAACUGCUCCGAUGGCACGGUCGACUUCGUCUCCUCGUGUUUGACCAAAAGUGGAAACAGCAGCGGUUCUUUCUGCAGCCGAACAGACGAUUCCAGUAAACAGUCGCUCAUUUCCAGCCUGGACUGUUUAUCCAGCAUCGUAGAGCGGAUCAGCACAGAUCCACUUGUGGCCCCCCUGGGGGACAGCGUGGUCCCCCUGGGCCCCGGAUCUCCUGUGAGCAGCCCUGCUGGCUCCAGUCCAAACAGUAUCUAUGAGCCUCUCUGAAGCUUCGGACUCAUUUCCAGCAGAAAGCGAACUUGAACAGACUUGAAGAGACUUUAGUCUGACUGCUGCUGGACUCUUCCUCCUCUGACCUGCUGACUUCAUCUGAAAGAGCAACAAUCACUGAGGACCACUGUGGACAUUUGUUAUGUUUGCUCACACGCACAAACGCAAAGGAUGCUGG